GCAAAGCAGGCGCCGUGAUCGUCAAAUCGGAUGGUUGGCAGUUGAAUCUGCAAACAGAAAUUCACGUGACCACAUUCCCGAAGAGGAAGGACGGAAGAAACAGUGCGGCGCUGCUCGGCUACCCGAUUUUCUAGUGGGAAGAAACGCGAAUCCUCAAAUUUUUUGUUCAGUCCAGCAUCAGCCAGUGUCCAGCAGCGGAUUCCUGCCUGAUCUGCCAGUGUUUCGCUCUACCCGGUGCUCAGUUUUUGACAGAUAUUUUUUCUUUCUAUUAUUGUCAACCUUUUACAGAAGGUUGCUUUUGAUAGUCCGUCUAGCGAAAAGUAUUGAGCGAAAUAGCAGAGGUUUACGCGGAGUACGGGAAGAAAAGCUAGAUACACUCAACAUAUAUCGACAAGGCAGGACAUGACUUCUACCGUCUCGCCGUCAUCCGCGACCUUGCAGUCUGGUGCGCAGCUGCCUCCGUCACCCGACAGCGGUAGCGUUGCGACCGCAAACACAGCCGAUAAAGUACAGCCUUUGUCGCGACCAUGGAUUCACUUCUUUGCCGGAGGAUUCGGCGGAAUGAUGGGUGCCAUAUUGACAUGCCCUCUGGAUGUUGUAAAGACCCGACUGCAGAGUGACUUUUAUAGCUCACAGUUGCAGAAGGGUCAUUUGCAGUCUGCUCUGCGGGACGGCCGGAAGAUUGGCCAUGUGAGAUCUAUAGGGUUGCAUUUCUACGAAACAUUUCAGAUCCUGGUUGACGUUUACAAGGUUGAAGGAGGACGUGCGUUGUUCAAGGGACUCGGCCCUAACUUGGUCGGUGUCAUUCCUGCUAGAUCUAUCAACUUCUUCACCUACAGCACCGGAAAAUCAAUCAUCUCGUCAAAGUUCAACAACGGAGAAGAGGCCACCUGGGUUAACCUAAUGUCGGCGGCUAUUGCGGGAGUCACCACUUCGACCGCGACCAACCCAAUCUGGCUCGUCAAGACACGACUUCAGCUCGACAAGCAAAACAGUGACAAGGGAGUCCAAAAACGACAGUACAAUAAUAGCGCCGACUGCGUUAAGCAAGUUGUGCAAAAGGAGGGUAUCAAGGGUCUUUACCGAGGUCUGACUGCCAGUUACCUUGGCGUCGUCGAAUCUUCGCUGCAAUGGGUCCUUUACGAGCAAAUGAAGGGCUUGAUUCGUCAGCGUGAGAAGCUGCGCGACAGUCUAGGAAUUCAGUCGACCACCGGAGAUGCUUUCUUUGAAUGGCUUGCGAAGUCCGGUGCUGCCGGUUUAGCAAAGCUCUCUGCCUCGCUGCUGACGUAUCCCCACGAGGUCGUUCGCACACGACUACGACAGCGGCCUUUGGAUAACGGAAAGCCGAAAUACUCUGGACUGAUUAACUGCUUCACCACAAUCUGGAAGCAGGAAGGCUUCGUUGCUCUGUACGGUGGCCUCACUCCCCAUCUCAUGCGGACUGUCCCGAACUCGAUUAUCAUGUUUGGAACCUGGGAGUUCAUCGUCAAGCUCUUCUCGUAAGAGUCGUUAAACAUCAAAAGUUCAUCAAUAAUUUACAGUGACAAAAGUCUCACAUCCCGACCUCUCUAAAUGCAACACAUCUGUCUUCUUUUCGAGCCGGGUGGGAUACUGGUCGCAGACAAAAGCCUCUCUUCGCCUCUUUAUCAGAAGGCUCACAAUCUUCACUUUUCUGUCCCGACAUCUCCAAUUAUCAACGUCAGCCAGCUAGCGCCAAUAUCUAAAACGUUCGGGCCACCUAAAAAGCCUAAACUAGCAGUUUCUCGUCGUCAAAGUAUAUGGAGUCUUUGGUUUCUUUCUUUUUUUCUGUUUUGUUCUAAUUUCUUGUAAAUACAUGCUCGCUUUCCUUUUUCUUCGUGGUGGUGAUUGGUGGCGAUUGCGGAGGUAUGGGUAUAGAUACUUGUCUAGCUCUUUUAAUGUAAAUUUUCUUUGUUUGCUGUAAUCUAGUAGCGAAUACUGUAGUAUAAAGAAGCUUGAG